CACAUAUACUUAGUAUUGUCUUUCUCUGGCUAGGUAGCUACGUACAAUGGAGGCAUCUGAGAUGAAAAGUGUGAGAUUGGUAGUGAUGAUGAUGAUGAUGAUGUUCUUGUGUGUUAGUGCAAAGUCAAAAUUAGUACCUUGCCUUUUCAUAUUCGGAGAUUCUUUGGCUGAUAAUGGCAAUAAUAACAGGCUUAAUACUUCGGCUAAAGCCAAUUAUAAGCCCUAUGGGAUUGACUUCCUUGAUUCUCGUCCAACUGGGAGAUUCACCAAUGGCAGAACCACUGUUGAUAUCAUUGCUCAACUUCUGGGUUUCAACAAGUUCAUUCCAGCCUAUGCUACUCUUAACAGCAGCUUCAAUUUACUGAGUGGUGCCAAUUAUGCAUCUGGGGGAUCUGGAAUUCUCAGGCAAACUGGGACACAUAUGGGUCAAAAUAUUUGCUUGAAGAAACAGAUAAAGCAUCACCAAAUUAUGGUAUCAAGAAUAAGUGACUUACUAGGGAGCAAGAGAUCACAAGAGCUAUUAAACAAGUGCUUAUAUUGGGUUGAAAUGGGAAAUAAUGAUUACAUUAACAACUACUUCGUGCCUUGGUUUUACUCCUCUGGAAACCUUUAUACUCCUCAACAGUUUGCUCUUAUUCUCAUCCAAAAAUAUCGUCACCAUGUUAUGGAAUUGUACAAUUAUGGAGCUAGAAUGAUCGCUUUGGUUGGAUUGGGACAAAUUGGGUGUACUCCAAAUGCAAUUUGGACAUAUGGGACGAGCAAUGGCUCGACAUGUGUGAGUUUCAUGGACGAUGCUGUUCAAUUAUUCAAUGAAAGACUUGUAACACUCGUCGAUGAACUCAACAAUGCUUUUGUUGACACAAAAUAUAUUUACAUCAACUCUUACGAGAUAGGAUCUUCUAUAGAUCCUAUUGCAUUGGGGUUCAAGGUUUGGAAUGUUGGGUGUUGUGGUGGGCUUGAGAAUGGUCAAUGUAAGCCAUUGGAGAUUCCAUGUGAGAAUAGAAGAGAAUAUGUGUUUUGGGAUUCAUUUCAUCCAACUGAGGCUUACAACUUUAUCACUGCCAGUAAAAUAUACAAAGCUUAUAACCUAUCAUAUAGUUACCCCAUGGAUAUCAGUGAUCUUGUUCACUCAUUUGAACAAAUUAAUAUUGCCUGAUAUUUCUUCUGGCCUAGUUAAAUAAUUAGUAAUAAUCCAAGGUUUAACAUUUAUGUAUUUUAAAAAAAAAAAAAAAAGGGAAUCCCUUAAUAAAGCUUGCUUUGCCAUUUGAGGUUGAGCCAUUUUAGUCAA